AUGGGUGUAUGGAAAGACAAGCUAGACUUCCUAGUCUUAUGGAUGGAAAACUUUGAUGUCAUCUUAGGAGCUGACUUUGCAGUCAAAGCCAAGCCAAGGAUCUUCUUCAACUACAAUAGUCUUCUUUUAUGCAUGAAGCCACACAAGAGAGUGAGAAGCCUCAACUAAUCCUAGCCAUGUAGUUAAAGCCCAACCUCUGACAUGAUACUAAGACAUUUCUCAUCACCCUAUGAUGUGACUUAGUCAUUGUAUAGUAAAUCACAUAAAUUUAAAAUUUAUAAAACUAAAAAAUACUAAUUUUGGGAUAUUCAGAAGUAUUUCUGAACACAUAUUAAUUAUAAUUCAAUAAAACUUUCAAAAAUAGUCAUAAUUUUCUAGGUCGAUCAGAAGGAUGUAAUAUAAUAUUGAGUAAUUUUUUAAAAUUUUUCUCAAAAAAUUUGGUUUUUAAUAAAUUUUAUACUAAGAAAUGAAAAUAAUUAUAUUUAAAAUUCGUAAAAAAGGAAAAUAAGGGUGUGAAUGUCAGGAUGACAUUAGUGCCUGACAAACGCAAAUCGAACGAACAUGAAUGCAAAUCGGGUGAUUAUAAACGAGUUAAUUGAUCAAAUUAAGAUUUGUAAAAAUGAAAAGAAUCAUAAUUGAAUGAACUAUAGCUUGAUAAAUUUAAAUCACACAAAUUAUCACUAAAUGAAGUAGAAAUUAAGUUGAAAGUAAGAAAAUAGAGUUCCAACAUUGCAGCAGUGAUGCGUCGACGAUGUACUAGAAUCUUGAGUUUUCAAAAGGAUCAUCAUGUAGUGUCCACAGCCUCAAAGGGUUACUUGACGGAGCGGAAAAAUAACGACUUUGCGGCUCUCUAGCAACUAUCACCUGACGGAGAGGAGUUAGAUGGAGGUGGGGCGUGUGUCAAGGAGCUUCAUCCUCAGGUCUGCACAAGAAGAGGAGGCUCUAGAUGCAGUUCACGAAUGGUGAUGAAUCUGGUGCAGUGUCGGAAGUCACAAUCCGAUAACCAUCCUAUCCUGUCUACAUUCUCCUGAUGGUAGUGGAGAUAAGCUGAGAAAACCCUUCAAGAGAUAAUUAAACUUAAGAGGAAGGGGUAUGGAGCUAACCUUUAGGUUGUGUAGCUCAGCGGGUUGUAACGGAGCAGAGAUUCGACAUAGACAGAGACAUCCGGCGAAGAUUGAUGCUCAAUGUCCACGGUCGGUCCUGGUCGAGAGUCGCUGAAGUUGUCGUCUUAAGGCGUGGCACAGUUGGCGCGGGCGUGGGCCUGCUGGUGGGCCGAAGGGCACGCUAACAGGCGUGCACGGCAAACCGCGCGGCGGCCUUAAGGCACGUGGACGGCAGCACCAGGUGGGCACGUGGGCCAUAGGAGCUGGUACGUGGGGUGCGUGCAGUGGCAGCACUUCGGCAGGAAGGCCGAGCGUCAAUGGCACUUUGGUAGGAAUGUCGACCGUCAGUGGCUCUUGGCGGGAGUGUCGAGCAUCAGCGGCACUUCAGCGGGAAUGCCAAGCGUCAGCAGCGCUUCGGCGGGAAUGCUGAGCGUCGGUAGUUGGGCGGAAACCCAACCAUUGCCAGAAGGGUUGGCCUUCUUUGGCGGCGCCAGGAAGCGGAGUAGAGGAAGGAGACGAUUUGGCCGACGAUACCAGGGAGGGUUGAGCCCUCCUGGUCCAGGCAGCACUAGAAACGGCGCGACAGCGGUGGAUUGUCGGGAAACUCCGGCGGGGCCUGUGAGGAGCUUGGACUGGAUCUGGCUUGUCGGCAUGGCAGCGGGGUCUCCCCCGACAGUGGCGGCAGGCAGGCGUUUGUCGGCGAACGGCCGGCGACUGGGCAGAGUGACGGAUGGUGGCUCCGGCAAGUUUAGGGUGGAGUUCUAGAGGAAGAGGUGGCAGUCGAACCAAGAGUUGAGAGACUCCGGCGGAGUGCUCGGUGACAGCUUGUAGGGAGGCGACGUGAGCCCCUUUAGUCACGACGGCAUGACAGGGUUCCAACAGAGGCGGCGGCAGUUGCAGCGGCAACCGCGACCGUUUCGUCUGGUGACGAUAGUGAACUCCCGGGCGGCAAUGAGAUGGCCGGCGGUGGUAGUGGUCUCAAGCAGCGGCGGGACUUCUUAGGCAGCAGCGUCACGAUGAAUGAAGUCCUCGGGGUAUCAUCAGCCUUCCUCUCCCUCCUUCCCUCUCUAUCCUAGGUCAUGAAGAAGGAAUCACAAAACGAUACUCUCUCACAAAAAAUACAACGCUCUCUUGAGGGGGGGUCCUACCUCCCCUUAUAUGGGGCCCACAAGUAGGCUAAGGGGAGGUGGGCCCACUUGAGGCCCUCAAGCCCAUAAGCCACAAAAGGCUACAAAGGGGCUUAUUGGGCCUCUAAAAGAGAGACCCAACAAGCUCCCCUAAAAGGAGAAAGAGGAGGGCCCUUGUAGGUGCUUAAGUGGGCCUCAAAUGAAGACCCAAAUAAGCCCCCAAAAGAAACCUAAAAGGAAAGAAGCAUAGGUCCCCCCCUUUAGGGGUUUAAUUGGGCCUCACAAGAGAGACCCAAUAAAACCCUAAAAAAAGGGAGACACAAACAACACACACACAUAGAAUUGGGCCCGCUAACACAUAAAUGCGAGGCCCAACAAGUCAACAUGAAAAUACCAAGAAAGAUAAGGGUGAGCUCGAGCUUGUCAUUGUCGUAGAGGUGGAAUGUCAUUGUCCCAAAGGGCUAGGCCGUGUAGCAAAAGCUAGGCUCCUUCGUCUUCGCGCGUCAAUUGGGUUGAACUCGGACUGCCGAUGUCUCUUGAGCUGAUGGAGUUGGGUCCCACUUGCCAUCAAUCUUGCUCGCCAUCAGUUCAACAAUUUCAAUAACAAUAUUUUGUGAAUCGUGUUGACGAGAUUUUCGUUGAUAAUCAAAUUAAAAGUUAUGAUAAUUAGAUAAAAAUACGAGUUUUAGCUCUAAGAGGAUUCGAACCUAUGUUGGUUAUCCACUUGUAUGAGAAAGAUUAAAAUAAGUACUAUAAUGGUCUUCAUUAUCAUGAGUUAAUAAUUAGUAAAUAAUAUAGUUUUAGCCUUAACUCAUGAUAAAUAGACUUAUAUUUAUGUUAAAAAAUGAUUUGUGAUUUUCAAUUGAUUAACGUGAAUUUUUGGGUAAUUAUGUGAUUUUAUAUGAUUUUUACAGUCUUACUUUUGAGAUAAAUGAAGAACAAGAAAUAAAAAUAAAAGUAUUACAAAAAUGGGGGGACCCGCUGGCCAGUCAGGCCCACAAGCAGGUCGGAAGCACAGUCGGGGAGUAGCCGCUAGCAAGGGCUCGAGCGGCUUGGCUUGGGGACCGAUAGGGCACAUGUACGCCACUCCCCUUCCACGUCACCGUUAGCUAGCCGGUUGUGGGGCAAGGAGUGGUCAUAUACGCGAGAGAAGAGACUUUGCUUACAAACCUAACAUUACUAUAUAUUCAUCCGAAAAAUCGGCGCACAACCGAUGUGGGACUAAACCCGCGUCACACCUUCCUCAGAAGAGGCAGGCGACCGGCGCGGGUUCGAAUCCUCCUAGAGUCAAAAUUCAUAUAUUUUUAUCUGAUUAUUGCGACUUUCCUACAGAUCGUCAGUGAAGGAUUAAGCAAUGAAAAUCGCUGGAUCAUCGGCGAAAAUCUCGUCAACGCGAUUCGCAGAGCAUUGCUACUAAAAUUGCUGAACGAUUCGCGAUAAAAGGAUCGCGAAUCCAUCGAGUAAAUCAUCUCCAAUUGAUCGACGAACAAGCCGUCGUCAGGAAAAGGACGAUCCGUCGGGAGACGAGUCACCACCUCCUGAGAGCAUACCAGAUGCAAUGAAGAGCCUUCUCUUGCUGCACGGACCUGAGGAUGAAGCUCCCUAGCACGCGCCCCACCUCCAUCCAGCUCCUCUCCGUCGGGUGACAGCCGCCGGAGAGCCGCAAAGUCACCGUUUUUCCGCUCCGCCAGGUGAUAGCCGCCGGAGACGAUUCGACGACCCACUUCAUUGAUCUCUAGACUUCAUGAGAAGAUCUAGAGAUUGCCCACGUCUUCUUUGUCCAAGGAGAGCCUUUGAGGCCGUGGACACUGCACGACGAUCCUCUCGAACACUUAGGAUUCCGGUGCAUCGCCGAUGCAUCGCCGUCGCGACGCUGGAACUCUGUUUUCUUGCUUUCAAUUUACUUUACGCUUCAUUUAGUGAUAAUUUUUGUGUUUUUAAUUUACCAAAAUAUACUUUGUUCUAUUACGAUUCUUCUAGCUUUUACAGAUCUUAAUUUGAUCAAUUAAAUCGUCCAUAAUCGCUUACGUAAGAAUCGUUGGGCAGAACUCUAUUUCCGCCCGAUUCACACUCGUCGAGUGCUGACGUCAUCUUGACGUCUGCGCCCUUAUUUCCCUUUUUCGUGAAUUUUAAAUAUAUUUCCUUUUUAUUUCCUAGUAUAAAAUUCAUAGAAAAUCACAUUCAUUGAGAAAAUUUUUGAAUAAUUACUAGAUAUUAUAUUUUUGGAAAAUCGUAUUCAUAGAAAAUCACUAUUUUUAAAAUUUUUAUUGAAUUAUAAUUGAUAUAUUUAUUUAGAAAUACUUCUAAAUAUCUGAAAAUUUGUAUUUUCUAGUUUUAUAAAUUUUAUAUUUGCGUGAUUCAAUAUACAAUGACUGAGUCACGUCAGUCAUCAUGUUAUAUCUAUGUUAUAAUGAAGGGGUAGUUUAAGUAUUCAAAUCUUCAAAGCCUUUCAAGGGAAGGUGUAACAUGGGUUUAAUCUCACAUCACUUGUGCACUAAAAUUUUGGGCGAAUAUAUAAUAAUAUCACAUUUGGAAGUAAUGAGUCUUCUCUUAUGUGUACGACCACUACAUGCCCCAUAAUCGAUUGACCACUAGUGACGUGAAAGGGGAGUGACAUACACGUGCCCUCAUCGGUCCUAGCUGCUUGAGCCCCUACUUGCGGCUCCCCUUGACUAUGCUUUUAACUUGAUUGCAGUUUUGGCUGGCCAGCAGGGUCCCCUCAUUUUAUUAUAUUUUUAUUUUUAUUUAUUUUUCUUUAUUUAUCUCAAAAUAAGACUAUAAAAUCAUAUAAAUUCAUAGAAAAUCACAUAAUUAACUAAAAAUUCACGUUAAUCAACUAAAAACCACUUUUCACACCUUAACACAAAUACAAGUCUAUUUAUCAUGAGUUAAGGCUAAAAAUAUAUUAUUUAUUAAUUAUUAACUUAUGAUAAUGAAGACUUAUCACCCUACAAGAGGUUGAAGGGAAAGAGAAGUGGGUGGGUUCAUCCUCAAAAUUACCCUUACUCAAGGAAUUCCAUGAUAUUAUACCCACCAAGUUACCUACCAUACUACUAUCUAGUUGGGACAUAAAACAUGCCAUUGAACUAUUGGCAAGAGAACAUCCCCUAGCUAGAGCUCCAUAUAAGAUGUCUGAUAAGUCUUCAUUAUCAUGA